GUCGGACUCCUCUCUCAUUGUCAUAGUGAACUCCGCACCACCGUAGAAAAUACCUGGAAAAGUUGUGUGAACAAUGUUUAGGUACGAGGGGUUCCUCCGAGUUUGGACGAACACUGCGGACAAGGCUGUGGUCACAUGACAAGGCGCGCUCUUGGCCACUUUGAGAGACGCGCCAACACGCGCAACAAUAAUUCACCAGAACCGUGACGCGUGAAGUGCCACCAUCCGAGUCUCCAGUCGGGCAAAUGCGAUCGAUGUCGAUGGUACUUGCAUCCUAUGCCUUUCUAUGACUACCGCGCUCUUCAACACCUGCAAGGACUUCCUCUCGAGCUUCAUGGGCACCUCAUCCUCGCCCAACAUGAACGGUGACGAGCCUCUACGGCAAGGCCGAUUUGCCAAUUGCCGUUUCGCGAUCAUCCGCUCUGCAGGCUUGACGGACAAGAAUGCUGGAUCGUUGUCGAGUGAACUGGAAUUGCAUGGAGGAGAAGUGGUCAUCGACAACUACCCUGAAGGCAGCCUCGACCUCCGCGGCAUUACCCAUGUUAUCUCUACGACAUAUGAUUUCCCCGACUACCACGCUUGCUGUGACGCCCUCAUACCGGUAGUCAAACCUAUGUGGGUUACACAUUCUCUUGCGAAGGACAAGUUACAAAACCCUCGUCAAUAUAACCCGGAUCCACGCUUCUUCAUGUCCGAUGUCGUGGCUUGUGUGGCCGACCUUCCGCAGGGCGACUCAGAUGCCAUUGCUGGCGGUAUAAUUGCCAUGGGAGGUCUCUUUGCCACCAAGCUUACCAGUCAAGUCACCCACAUCAUCACGCUUUCCAUAGACUCGGACACAUGCGUCUAUGCGCUUAAGAAACGACUGAACGUCAAGAUUGUCCUGCCUCACUGGGUCGACGACUGCCUGAAACUAGGGAGAAAGAUUGAUGAACAACCUUAUAACCUUCCAGACCCGGAGAUUCUGUUGCCUCCGUCAGAGAAAGCGCCUGCUGGAAAGAGGAAGACGCCGGUGGAGGGAGCUUCGGAUCCUGAUCCGUCUCAACAGCAGCCGGGUGCGGGUGCGCCCCGGAAGUUACGCAAGGUUUUCAAGAAGAAAACAGUUUUCCUUUCUCGAGAUCUCGGCAUCUCAGAAUACCUGCGUGGCAUUUUGGACGGAAUCAUUACCGUCAGUGGAGGAAAGUUGACCGAUUCUGUAGAGGAGGCCGACAUGUACAUUGGUAAAUACCGCGAAGGAAAAGAAUACAAGAUUGCUUCAAGAGCAGGAAAAGAUGUGGGAAACCUGGCCUGGCUCUACUUCCUUAUCCAGACGGAUGAGUGGACUUCUCCUUUGCGACGGCUGUUACACUAUCCUGUAACGCGGGAGGGAAUCCCAGGCUUUUCCUCUCUGAAAAUCAGUGUCUCCAACUACAGCGGCGAAGCGAGGACUUAUCUGGAAAAUCUGAUCAACGCAACCGGUGCCGAAGCGACCAAGACCUUGAAACAAGACAACACUCAUUUGAUUACUGCACAUGUUAUAAGCGAAAAGUGUGCGGCUGCAAAAGAGUGGGGAAUCCAUAUUGUCAAUCAUUUGUGGUUAGAAGAGAGCUAUGCGCGUUGGAAGAUGCAGAGUAUCACUGACGGAAGGUACACGCAUUUCCCGCAUCGGACAAAUUUGGGUGAUGUUGUGGGCCACACUCAAUUGGAUCGAAGGGUGCUUGAGCAGUUUUUCCUUUCCGAUGAUGAAACAGAUACAAAAGAUGCACAGAAGACAGCGCCAAUGCGUCAGGUGCACCAAAACACCGUACCUGCAGCAGAAGACAAGCCGGCCAAGAAAUCGAGUCGCAAGCAAGCGUCUAAAGAUGCUUCGGCGGCACAAUUGCAGACUCCCGCCCCCAGCAGAUUCGUACCCACAGGCAAGGAGAACCUGACGCCUUCAACAACCAAGAGCAGAAAAUCCAAAGAGGUUGCAUCUGCACGUUUACAUGAGCUGACACCCGACAUACUGUUGUACGAGAAAGAAAAGAAACGGGUGGGAGGCGUCGUGUAUGGUGGCCGACGAAAGGCGGACGAUGAGCGAGUUCUUGUUGUUGCCCGGAAGCGGUCUGUAGAGCAGGUGCAAGACAAGGAUAUGGACAGCGAGCCUGAAUCGAAAAAGGUCAAGCGAGGCACUCCUACGCCACUCAUGCACCUGGUCAUAUCAGGUUACACAAAAUGGGUUGGCCAUCCUAGAAUCGAAGAUAACGACAAGAAACAACUUCGCGGGUUAGGGAUCAUAUGCACGCUGGAACCAGCAAGAGCCACGCAUCUCGCCGCCCCGCGCAUAGUUCGCACACAGAAGUUCGUGACGGCCCUAGCAUAUGCGCCCAUGGUCAUUACGACCGACUUCAUCGAGGCAUGUCUAAAGGAGAACAAGUUGCUGAACCCCGAGGACUUUUUAUUGCAGGAUAAAGAUACCGAGAAGCGCCUCGGAAUAUCCCUCAAGUCCAUUCGGGAGAGGGCUCGACAAAACCAGAACCGACUUCUUCAUGGUCGGAUUAUCUAUUGCAUGGAAAACAUAGGCGGAGGAUUUGAGACCUUCAAAACCAUUGUCGAAGCCAACGGCGGGCGUUGUUUGUUGUGGAGAAACCGCAAAGGUCAAACAGUGCCCUCAGGGCGGGCAGACAGUGAUGCCAGCACAGACAGCGAUGUGAACCAUGAGGUGUAUCUGCUGACCGAUGAGAAGAAAGAGAACAAGCCCAUGUGGAAUCGGUUUCGAGAGAUGGCUGAAGGAAGUCGAAAGGUGCCACGAAUCGUUCUUACGGACUGGCUCCUGGAGAGUGCAAUGUCUCAGCAGAUUCUGCCUACCGACCGGUACGAGGUAUAGCUGGUGUCCUGGCUGUGAUGUCGAUGAUGAAAUUCUGUUGUUUGAGUACUCCACCGACUGCCAAACUGAUAUGAAGCCCGUUGGGUUGUUUUCAGGAGUACAAUCAAAAGAACUUGACUCCCUGUUGGUCUUCCGCACCAAAUACUUGAGCCUUGCCUUUCUUCACCAAAGUCUGCAAGCUCUUCCGGAGCACUUGCAUGUCCAUUCCAUAAAAUUCCUG